GCUACUUCAUUCGCCAAAGCAUCUUCAAUCUCCCCUACAUUACUUUUUCUUCUCCUAACAUUGAAAAUUUCCACAAUUUUACCACCAUGCCUCAUCCAAUCAUGCUCUUUAAGAAACCUUUGAAGCCCACUGACAUCACCAAAAGGCUGGCUAUCCCAACAAAGUGUCUCGAUUUCCUUCCACAUUUCAAUGGAGGCCACGCUGUAAAAUUGAACGUUUUUGUACCAGGGAAGGGUUUGGCCGAUGUGGCCCUCUACAAGGAGGUAGAUGAAACAGGAUUGCAAUAUCGGAUGGAGGUGUACAGGGCAACCAGGGUGCCUCCACCUAAUGGAAAUUCGGGGGUCGCAACGCCUUACAAGACUAAAAUGAAAACGGGAUUCAAGCAGUUCGGUGAAGAAUUAUUCAAUAGUUCUAAGAAGAUAUGUUUAAGAUUGGCAAGCGAUCCAGAGGAAAUUGUUCUGAAUUUGGAUUUGACUCUAGCACCACCAGGGAAUAUACCAAGCUAGAAAACACAGUAGAAAAUCAAAGGCAAUCAAUAUGCUUAAUUUCUACCUUCUAUCUAUCUCUUUUUUUUUAGGAAAUUUGGAAAAAAAAAGGAGAUCAAUUUUACAAAGACUAAAAUCAAGAUCUUAAUCUUGGUAAAACUGUAUCUUAUCUAAUGUAGUUUUGCGGAGGCUUUCUACCUUUUAUCUUGUUUUGUUUUUAUAGUGAGUUUCUAAAAGAGUUAGCAAGAAUCAGUCUAUCACAUUUACUUUUUUUAGUAAGAGUUUCUAGAAGAGCAAGAAACUAUCACAUAUUUA